UGGUGUAUUACACGCACCCCAGGACAUAAUUGCGAGUUUCAAUAUACCAUUGUUUUCUUAUAAACAGGGGACACUAGUUGAAACAUAAUUCAGCGUCAUAUACAGGGAAAUCAGUGAGUUGUAUAAUGAUGCUGCUUCAUUUUGAUUCAUAGUUGAAGUUCUAUUCUUCUUGUUUCUUUUGCGAAAUCUUCUAGUGUUUUUGGGUUGAAUGGGGACGGUUUCCGGGAACUGUAGAUUGAGCGGCGUGCCUGGAAUCCUGACGGGCUCGUCGCAGCUUAGAAGGAGCGGUAAUCUAAACGAUGAGGAAGCUCCGGUGGCGUGCGACUAUUUUGGGGGUGUUUAUGAAUACAUAAAGCAGAUGCUGAUGGAGGAAGACGACUUGGAGCACAGGCCUUGCAUGUUUCAAGACUGCUCUGCUCUCCAGGCUGCCGAGAAAUAUUUCUAUGAUGCGCUGAGUGACAAGUGCUCUGCUCCUGUCAAUGCGAGUUUGAGUCCACAGGCAUCAUUUGCUGUUAAUAAUCAACAAGUGGUGAGUUCUGAUUUGAGCAGAUCUGCAUCUGGUUUUGCUCCAUGGUCCGUGUUGGAUUCCCACAUCGUCUGUGGGGAAGGGGUAUUCAUCGGUGGGCCUUCUGCUUUCUCGUGUCAUUAUGAUGGGCUGGAGGACUCUACGGAGAGGCGUUUCCAGGUCCUAAAUUCGGGUGGUGUUGUCAGGCCAAGCCAACAAAUCUGCCAGCCCUCUGGAUUGGAGAGUGAUGGAGCCCCAUUGAUUCUAACAGGAGGAGGACGAGGCGGCCAGGGAAAUUUGCAAGACAGGGACUCUAGGAGCAAGAAAGCUCGUGAUCGUGUGGACCAGGGCGAUUGUGUAGAAGAAAGGAGCAGCAAGCAGUUGGCGGGCUAUGCAGAAGAGUCUGUGCAAAUGGAGAAUUUCGACAAGUCGUUGCUUUGUCAGAAGAUGAACCCAGGCUUCUACGAGACUCCGGCUGAGGAAUCAUCGUCAGGCAGCGAUGAAAAUAUGAAGCAGUAUAGGAAAACCACGGAGGUGAAAAGGGGAAGGCCGAAAGGAAGCAAGAAAAACAGGAAAGUAAGGGAAGUGGUUGAUCUCAGGAGCCUGCUUACUCGCUGUGCAGAAGCUGUUUCGGGCUUUAACAACAAGACAGGUGAAGAAUUGCUGAAGCGGAUUAGGCAACAUUCUUCUUCUUACGGCGAUGCCAAUGAGAGAUUGACACACUACUUCGCCAAUGCCCUGGAAGCAAGAAUGGCAGGCACUGGCUCAGCACUAUAUACUGCUUUUGCAUCGAGACAGAUACCGGCUGCAGAAUUGCUGAAAUCUUAUCAAACCUACGUUACAGCAUGUCCCUUCAAGAGGAUGUCGAAUAUAUUUGCAAACAAGUCGAUAGGAAGAUAUGCAAGGGAAGCAACCAGAAUUCACAUAAUUGAUUUUGGUAUUCUUUAUGGUUUCCAGUGGCCUUGUAUAAUCCAGGGCCUCUCCUUGAUGCCGGGGGGGCCUCCAAGAUUGAAAAUAACAGGAAUUGAUUUUCCUCAGCGGGGAUUCAAGCCAGCAGAGAGGGUUGAGCAGACAGGACGACGUCUUAUGCAAUACUGUGAGAGAUUCAAUGUUCCUUUCCAGUAUAAUGCCAUAGCCAAAAGGUGGGACGAUAUCCGUGUAGAAGAUCUAAAUAUUGAAAGAGACGAAAUGCUGGUGGUGAACUGCUUGUACAGGCUGAGACAUGUUGCAGAUGAAUCUGCAGGAGUGAACAGCCCGAGAGAUGCUGUUCUGAAAUUAAUCAAGAAAAUAAACCCGGUUCUUUUCGUCCAUGGGGUAGUUAACGGAACGUACAACGCCCCAUUUUUCGCCACAAGGUUCCGGGAGGCACUAUACCAUUACACUUCCUUAUUUGACAUGAUGGAGGCCACGAUACCACGGGAAGAUCCAGACCGGUUGCUGUAUGAGAGGGAGGUAUUCGGAAGAGACGUUAUGAAUGUCGUUGCUUGUGAAGGCUCUGAAAGGAUUGAGAGACCGGAAACUUACAAGCAGUGGCAAGUAAGGAAUCAAAGGGCCGGGUUCAGGCAGCUCCAAUUGAACCGGGAAAUAAUGAAAGAAAUAAAGACUAAAGUGAAGAGAGAUUACCACAAUGAUUUUCUGUUGGAUGAAGAGAGUGACUGGAUGCUGCAAGGCUGGAGAGGCAGAGUUAUGUAUGCUCUUUCUUGCUGGACGCCUUCACCAAACUGAACAGAUUGGAAAUUGCUAUUGCAUUCAUUGCAGGGCUUACCACUGUUAUCACCCCUUGAGCUAAUGUGUUAAUUUCAAAGGCAUUCAAGAGAGUGAUGACUCUCCAACCUUGAGGAGAAAUUUUCUAACAUUCAAGACACGGCCUAUAAGCUCUAAACCAAAUACGCUAUCAUCAUACCCAGAGAGACGCGAAACCAGCAUCAAAUUUUUAAGUCGCAAACUUGUGCAAGGGGAAAGUGUUGUUAUCAUGAAGGUGCUUCAGACAUCUAAUCCAACUACAUGCUUCAAAUCCUUUACAAUAUUGUAGUUUGCAAGAGAACAUGAGGAGAUUAGUCUUAUUUUCUGGAGAGUCUCUUAGAAAUGAUAUUUUCUACAGUAUUUUUCCUUGUCUGUUUAGUUUUCCAGAUAUAAGGUCUGUGUGACUGAAAGGUAUAUAUUUCCAGGUAACAUGUAAAUACACAACCAACCCCCUUUGUAUUUGAUAAUUCAUAGAAACAUUCUUUGUUCAGUGCGCCUUUGCCCGUGUGGCAUGUGACAAUUCCUUUCUUUCUUUGUCUGAGAAACAAAUCAUAAUGUAUUAAGCAUUACGGAAGAAAAUUAGAAUCAAAAUGAGAGGUGGCUGAAUCACCACCAAGUCCACAACAGGAGAGGCGUUAGAGGGUACAUAAUUGGGUCUUUCAGCCAACUUGGCCGCAUUUUUAGCAGCAAAAGUAAUGGUCCUCCUCGUCCUAUGUUUGGACAUUUAUCCCAAGACCUGCUGGGAUCCUCCAGCAAGUUUUGGUAGCCUAAUCAAGAGACACAAGCAUGAGUUACCUAACAUGACUUCCUGGAAAGGACAGAAAUUACGGAAAUCAACCCGCUAUUGAUUAACGAUACUCACCCAAUUAGCAACACUACACUCCCACUCCAUUUCUAAAUACACAACAAUAUUUUUAUUUUAAACC